AAUAAAUAUACAGGGAACUCUGGCAAAUUUAAGUUUAAAAAACAAACAACCCCCCCCCCAAAAAAAACCAAAACAAAACAACUAGGAGCCGGGGCGCAGCUCACGUUUUGAACCCGGCCAGGGCAUCCACACCGUGGUGUUGGGUGCUCUAUGUCCGAAGGCGAGGCGAUGUAGCUAAUUGGAUUCCGGUAGAAACACUGUUUCCAUCAAUAGUGGUUUGCUCCGUUGUUGUUGAUCUUUGUUAAUUUGUAUGCAUUCCGCCGAAGAGGGCGAUCUUUGUUACUUUGUAUACAUUCUGCCAAAGAGGGCGAUCUUUGUUACUUUGUAUACAUUCUGCCAAAGAGGGCGAUCUUUGUUACUUUGUAUACAUUCUGGCGAAGAGGGCGAUCUUUGUUACUUUGUAUACAUUCUGAGGGCGUUGGGUGAGUCCGCUUUCAAGUCAAGGUGGGCAGAGUCUGGGGAAAAUAGUGCAGGACCAUUAAUCCCAGUGAUUUGUACAUUUAAUUUCCAGGAAGUUUUGCAAAGUGUAUAAGGAAGGAUGGCAGUGCCUCCUCAUAUACCCCAUACAUCUGCUUGGAGGAUCCAUGUGAACCAGGGACGCAUGCUACCCUUUGAGGGUUUGCUAUAUAAAAGGCAAGACUUGGAGGGUCAUGUGCAGUAAUACCACCUAAUCUGACAUCUCUGAGAAUGAGGGGUCCCAUGUAGGAACUGUCUAUGAAACUGAAGUUUAAACCUGGAAAUGCUAAAACCUAAAUGCUAAAAGCUAAUGCUGAAAUGUUUUGCAUAUGCCCUUGCCCUCUGUGUGAGGUUGAAUACCGGUCCUCCAAAGAUUUCCCCAUCCUAAUUCCCAGAACCUGUGACUGUUACCUCAUGUGGCAAAAGAGAUUUUGCAGAUGGGAUUAAGCAUCUUGAUGUCGGGGAGCUAUCCUAGGUUAUCUGGUGGGCCCAAUAUAAUCACACCCGUCCUUAGAGAGAGAGGCAGGAGGAGUAGAUAGGCCACGUGAUGAUGGAAGCAGAGUUAGAAGAUGCCGCACCGCUGGCUUUGAGGAUGGAGGAAAGGGCCGUGAGCCAAAGAUUGCAGGCGCUUCAGAAGUUGGAAAGGGCAAGGGAGUGGAUUCUCCUCUGGAACCUCCAGAAGGAACCAGCCCUGCCGACACCUUGAACUUAGCCCCCUAAGACUCAUUUUGGACUUCUGACCACCGGCAUUGUAAGAGAAAAAAGUAUGUGCUGUUUUAAGCCACUUAGUUUGUGGCGCCUUGUUACAGCAGCUCUGGGGAACUAAUACGCCUUUCUAGGUGGAGGAUGUUGAACACAAUUCGAAUGAUUGUCGGUGGUUCUCCACCUUCUUUCAGUCUAUGGGGUGUCAUUUAACCUUCCCUUAUUAACCCUGGUCAUUGUGAAUUUGUUUUGGUUCUGUGACCCAAUGCGGUGAUUUCCCUAGGAGCUGUCGGGGGGAUUUAGGGCUUUAACCCCUAAAUCGAACCAUCGUGCUCUGGUUUUUGAGUUCUGUUCCCUUUUCCCUCGAGCCUGGCUGUGGCCUUUCUCCUGCUCUGCGGGCGGUUGCCUUUGGCAGUCACCCUGCUUUGCUUUUCUUGCCUUUGCUAACCUGUGGGUUAGUAAACCAGUGCUGAGUAUAAUCUUAAACUAUGACCUCAGGACUCGCGGCACCUGUUUGAUGCUCAGAGACCUUUUUUCCUCCUGUCACAUUGGCAGGAUUUUGGUUAGGUGUCAAGCUAGGGAUGCGGUCCAUCCCCAUCGCCACCGCCUGUGCCAUAUACCAUAAGUUCUUCUGCGAGAUCGACCUGGACGCCUAUGACCCCUACUUGGUGGCCAUGUCUUCCCUUUACUUGGCCGGCAAAGUGGAGGAACAGCGCCUGCGCACUCGUGACAUCAUCAACGUUUCCAACAGGUACUUCCACCCGGACAGCGAGCCCUUGGAACUGGACUCACGCUUUUGGGAGCUCCGGGACAGCAUCGUGCAGUGUGAGCUGCUCGUACUGCGGGUUCUGCGUUUCCAGGUCUCCUUCCAGCACCCUCACAAGUACCUGCUCCACUACCUGUUGUCCGUCAAGAACUGGCUGAACCGUUACAGCUGGCAGCGGAGCCCCGUCUCCAUCACCGCCUGGGCCCUGCUGCGCGACAGCUACCACGGGGGGCUGUGCCUCCGGUUCCAGGCUCAGCACAUAGCCGUGGCGGUGCUCCACCUGGCCCUGCAGGCCUAUGGGGUCGAGGUGCCCGCUGAGGCCGAGGCCGAGAAGCCAUGGUGGCAGGUGUUUAGUGAAGACCUUACCAAGCCAAUCAUUGAUAACAUUGUGUCUGAUCUCAUUCAGAUUUAUACCAUGGACACAGAGAUCCCCUAAGGCCCUGGUCCAGGCCUGCCCAAAGAGAAGUCCGUGACGCUCGGCAGCCUGGGGAUGGCACCGCCACAGGGCCGUGAACGCCGGCCCCCAGAGGACCAGCUGGAAGGGCUGGCGAAGGCGAUGACUGUCCCCGGCAGCCGUGGUCUGGACAGUGACAGGAGCCACGCCUUCAGCGGGCGGGCUUGGAGUUCACCGCGAGGGGCUGCCGAGGCCAGGCGCCGCGUCUGCUUUUGUCCUUUGAGAGGACCUGACUGCUGUGGAGGGUGACGUCAUCGGAAGGAAAAUCAAAGAAAGGAUGGGACUGAGCCCCUGGGGAUUUUUUAAAAGCCUGAUUUAUAGAAUGAAUGAAUGUGCAACAUAGAUGGAACUUUAUUUUGUGUAAUAAAAGAUACAAAUGAACUGGGA